CUCGCUGUUGUUUGGCCCUCGGCGCGCGCCGUCGCGGCCCCGUGCGUUGCCAUGGAGCCCCGCGAGCGCUGCGGGCGGGCCGAGACUCGGGGCCGCGGGGACCCUUGCGCCAUGUCUUUCCGCGAUCUCCGCAACUUUACGGAGAUGAUGAGAGCCUUGGGAUAUCCUCGACAUAUUUCUAUGGAAAACUUUCGUACACCGAAUUUUGGGCUUGUCUCUGAAGUGCUGCUCUGGCUUGUCAGAAGGUAUGAACCACAGACUGAUAUCCCUUCUGAUGUUGAGACGGAACAAGACCGGGUUUUCUUCAUUAAGGCAGUUGCUCAGUUUAUGGCCACCAAGGCACAUAUCAAACUCAAUACUAAGAAACUUUAUCAAGCUGAUGGCUACGCAGUGAAAGAGCUUCUGAAAGUCACCUCUGUCCUUUACAAUGCCAUGAAGAGCAAAGGGGUACAGGGCUCUGAACUAGGAGAGGAAGACAUCAGCAAAUUCAAGUUUGAUCUGGGCUCAAAGAUUGCAGAUUUGAAAGCAGCUCGGCAGCUGGCUUCUGAAAUCACGUCCAAAGGAGCCUCUCUGUACGACCUCCUGGGCAAGGAGGUUGAGCUGAGGGAACUGAGAACAGAAGCAAUUGCUAGACCUCUAGAAAUAAACGAGACUGAAAAAGUGAUGAGAAUUGCAAUAAAAGAUAUUUUGGCACAGGUGCAGAAGACGAAAGACCUGCUCAAUAAUGUGGCCUCGGAUGAAGCUAACUUAGAAGCCAAAAUUGAAAAGAGAAAAUUAGAACUAGAGAGAAAUCGGAAGCGGCUCCAGACCCUGCAGAGCGUCAGGCCAGCCUUCAUGGAUGAAUAUGAGAAGAUUGAGGAGGAAUUGCAGAAACAGUAUGACAUUUAUCUGGAGAAGUUUCGCAAUUUGACUUACCUGGAACAGCAGCUUGAGGACCAUCACAGGCUGGAGCAGGAGAGGUUUGAGGAAGCUGAAAACACACUCCGCUUGAUGCAGAACAAGCUAAAGGAAGAGGAGAAGCGGCUACUCAAGAGUGGCAGUAAUGAUGACUCAGACAUCGACAUCCAGGAGAACGACGAGUCUGACAGUGAACUGGAAGAGAGGCGGCUGUCCAAGCCACGAACGGCCAUGGAGAUGCUCAUACAAGGAAGACCGAGCAAGCGCAUCGUGGGCACAAUGCAAGGUGGAGACUCAGAUGAUGAUGCGGGAGCAGCGCCGGCUCUCUUAGGUAAACCCAAGGCUUCCAGCUCCAGCAAGAAGGAAGACUCGGAGGACAGUGAAAUGGACAUGGAAGAUGAAGAAGAUGAUGACGAUGAUUUGGAAGAUGAGAGCAUUGCUCUCACACCAGCUAAGCCCAGUCGAAGGGUCCGGAAACCCGAGCCCCUGGAUGAGAGUGACAAUGACUUCUGACUUUCCCAAGGGACCUAGGCAGAUUUAAACCUCAGAUCUGUAGGUAAAAGGGACCCACAGAAGAUUAGGAAGGAAGUAUUUGUUCACAGAGCCAGCUGGACUCAAUGAAGCAAUACCUGUUUCCGCUUUAGCAUCCUGCGUGUUACUGCACAAAGCUUAAAUAAGAACUGAAGCACGCCCCAAAGAACUGGGGGUGCAGGUGGGUGGGAGGACUUUGUUGGGGACUGGGGUCUUCGUAGUGAUUCACAUCUGCACAGGAAAAACCUGAAGGGGUCUUCCGGCAGCCAUGUACUGGUUUGCUCUGAGAGGAGGGUGCAGCGGGACGGACCGCCAGGCAGCCAGCCAGGGUUGCUGGAGUGCAGGCCCACGGCUGGCUGCUGGUCAGGUGCGUUCUGCUGUAACGUGGACUGUGUGUUCGCCUCCGGCUUUAGCCUUUCUGAAUCCUAUUUCCUUUUACUCCAUAUGUUUUGCAAUACCAAACUUAAUGUAUUUUAUUAACAAAUGUCCUAAAAGAAGUUUCGCUACGUUGGAUAAAAACCAGCUGGCAGCAGAGGAUGGUCGGGAAGGCUCCUUUUCUCUCCAAAGACUGACAUCCCGUAGGAAGGAGUAUACUGAGGAGAAUGUGUCAGUGUGGCUUUGUGUAUCUGAGUUUUUAAAUUGAAGUCAGAAUUUCAUUGAGCCAGGAGUCAUUGGGAUCCCCAUGGCAGUGAGAAGUAGUGUGGAGCAUACAUAUGUUUUCUUUAUUUCACAAGGACAAAAUCAAGAAUCCUGAGGUCCCUUACCCCUUAAUAUAUGUAGUUUAUAUGAUAGUUUUAUUUUAUUAAAUAAGUUUUAUUGGAAAGUAUCAUUUUAUUUGCACCUAUAACAUAUGAUCAUCCAAGAAAGUC